CAAUCUCUCUUUCUCUCUCACAAAAUGGAGGCCUUUUCUAGUAAGAUGACAAUAAUAUGUUUUCUCUUAAUCUCCAUGAUUCUCAUUUCCUCCGCCGCCCCCAUUCUUGAUUGUGGUUCCUCCUGCUCCAAUCAUCCUCACAAGCACAAAAAGAAGCCCAUUGUCAAGCCACCAAUCAACCUUCCUCCGGUGACUGAACCAGUAUCUCCGGCCAACAACUGCCCGAUUGACACACUAAAGUUGAGUGCUUGUGUGGAUCUUCUUGGUGGGUUGGUUCAUAUAGGAAUUGGUGAACCAGUGAUGAACAGAUGCUGUCCAAUUCUAGAAGGGCUGGUGGAGUUGGAGGCUGCUGCUUGUAUUUGUACCACAUUGAAAUUAAAGCUUCUUAACUUGAAUAUUUAUAUCCCUCUUGCUCUACAACUUCUUGUUACUUGUGGAAAAACACCACCUCCUGGAUUUACAUGUAUCCUCUAGGCUUUUUAAGUUGAUCAAUUUGUAAUAAUAAUUACAUUAGCAUAUUAAAUAAUAGUUUAUUUUACUU